UACACGUUUCUAUGCCAACAAAACAGUGGUUUCUUAGCAACCUACAAACAAUAAAAAGAACUCUAAACUCAGAGAUCAAAGCCAACAUACCAUAGGAUGACAAGAUGAGCAUAUCUGGUGCACUAACAACCUCAAGAAUGGAUAAAAGACACAAGCUGAGAUCUGAGUAUACGUCCAAGCUGGAGGUUGAGAGUCAACGCAUGGAAGAUCGGCUGAAAAUGCUCAAGACUAUGUUAGCCGCAGAAAAAGCAAAAAGAAAUGUUGAGGGAGCGAUCCAUUGGAAAUCUACUAAACCAUCUCCACCAAUGAAACCUGGGAGAGCUGGCAUGGGUCAAUCACCUAACAAACCUGUCCGUGUGAGGGUACUCACUGACAAAACAAGAAAGAGUAAAGUGGCCACAUUGAGCAGUACACAAUGUGGACAGUGUGACAAAGGCAGUGCCUCUUUGUGCUGUAUUGAGUGUGUGGAGAAUUACUGUCAAGUUUGUUUCGUCAAGAUUCACCAGAAGGGAGCUCUAGCCAACCAUCAUGUGAAACCUUUCUUGUCAAAGGUUAGUGCCAAACUAGGAGAGGAGGCUACAGCAAAAAGCAAAGAAACGUGUACAUCAAAGGAGAUAAAACAGACAAGCAGCUCUGCAGUGGGCACACACCAGACAGGCAACUCUCUCUUGGAUGGUGCUUAUGAUGAGGGGUCUAGUGCUGCCUCAUUCCAGGAGGCCCUCACUGAGUGGAGAACUGGGGGGAGCAAGAAACCAACUACUUCUAGAGGAGAAAACACUUAUCAGACGAAAGAUUCAAUGGCAAACACCACAACAUCAUCGUCGACAAGUACAAAUACAUCCUCUGAAAGUGCAAUCUCCAAGAAAAAAAAAGAGGUCGAAAUUUCGUUCUCUCAUGAUGCUGGUGUGUCAUACUUGGAGAAACUCAUCACCAGGAGAAGUCGAUACGAUCCCACCCUCUUCAAGAAGAUGGUUCCUAAGCAGGCAAACCCUGUUCCAGUAGCGAUAGAAGAUACUGAAGACUCUAACGAGGUCAUGGAUUAUGUACCAACUCCAUACAACAUAUUCUACAAACCAGAUGAUGUUCAGGACACUUUUGAUGAAGAUUACGAGGAAUUGUAUAGACCAAUGUCCAGUGUUCAAAUUGAGGAAAUUGCAGAGCCCCCUGUCGUUAGUACAACAACUGUCAAAGAAGUACCUCGAGCUAGUGAAGCUUCUAAAAUAGCGAAACCUAAAAAGAGAGCCAUAUCAAGUGGAAAAUCAAGCACACAAAUGCCUAUCGUCAAGAAAAAUACCGGCACGAAGAAAAAUACCAAGAAGACCAGACCAAGUAGCACUACUAUGAAACAUCAUCGUUCAGUAACCCCCUCUCGGGCGAGUGAAUCGGAUGUACAGUCAUCUGUGCAAAGAUCUUGGGCAGACUGUUUAAAGGAAAACCACCAUCGACCCCAAACUGCCGAGCUGUCUCAAUUUUUCCUUCAAGGAGUGGAGCCAUUAGCUACAGCCGAUAUCUCUGACAAUGGACCGUUCGACUCAGGUCCUCAUGCGGACACUGAUCUUAAAUUUGCGGCUACUAUUUGGUUACCAUUCAACAGUGUUAGUACUGACUCAGAGCCACACAACAUCGAGCAAGAUUCUGAUGGUGAAACAGAUGAGCCAUCAUUGAUUGGUGGAGCCUCUCGUUGCAACAGUGCUCUCAGCAGCAAGUCACAACAAGAUGUGGAAUCAGGGGAGCUGCUUGCAGAGAGAGAUGAAUGGGACAAACAAGACAAUGAUGCUUUGGACAGUCUGACCUGGGAGCUGGCAUCCACCAUUGAAUCAGAGGGGCAACUGUCUCGGUGCAAUAGUGAGAUGGACAGUAUUGAAGAUCAAUAUGAGAACGAGGAGGAACCAGUGGGCUAUGAUGAUGUGCAGGUUGAACCUGUUGAUAUGAGUCAAGUAGUUAGUCAGUUUGAACUAUACCAACAACAACUCUUAGACGAGGAGCUGUAGUACUCUUGUUGUUCCCCAUGUAUAUGUAUAUGUAUAUCUAUAGCCUAUUAUUGAUGAUGAUUGUAUUUUGUAAGUUCUAUUACGAAGACAAUUAUAAAAUCUGA